GACGUAACCGCGGUACAUCAACAGGAAACACGAUGUAAACAUAGAAAAACAGCAUCACGCUACUUGUGUCGGUUAGCUUUUGUCUGUGUGGCUUCUGUUAACGCGGACAGACUUUAAAGUUUCUGUCACAAACAUAUUUAUUAUCUCGGACGUUUAUCUCUUAUUAACUGACUGUCACGGUAGCUAACGUUAGCUAGCUGCCUGCAAGGUAGCGUUAACCAAGAUGGAUGAUAACAAGAUGGUGGCUGGUAAAGUGAAGAAACCUGGAAAACGAGGCCGCAAACCUGCAAAAAUCGACCUGAAGGCCAAACUGGAGCGAAGCCGGCAGAGCGCCAGAGAGUGUAGAGCGAGGAAGAAGCUGAGAUACCAGUACCUGGAGGAACUGGUUUCCAGUAAGGAGAGAGCCAUCUGUGCCCUGCGGGAGGAGCUGGAGAUGUACAAACAGUGGUGUUCAGCCAUGGAUCAGGGGAAGAUCCCCUCAGAGAUCAAAGCUCUGCUGACCGGAGACGACCAGAAACUGCCUCAAGGUGGCAGCAGCACCAAGACGUCCAAGAACAGCAAGAACAGCAUCAGCAGCAACGGUCAGGGCUAACGCGAAGCUGCACCGACGGAGGACAGAGACUGACGGUGCGAAGGCCGCCGCCGCGUCCGCCGCCUCCAAACAGCACAAACCAACCUGCAGGAGAGCUGAAGUGACCCACAGGAACAUGCAUGUAGUUACAGGCUCGCAUCCUUCCUGUUCAUUCUAACAUCUACUCUUCAUCAGUUAUGUUUCACAGAUGCAUCAAUGUCAGAAGUUUUCAGUUUCAGCUUUAACAUGAACUCAUUUCUGCUGCGACGCCGUCUGUCCUCCAUCAGGAGCUUUGAGGGGGUGUCUGAUUUCUUUAUAUUCAAUCAAUCAGUCAUCAAUCACUAUAAAUACUAAAAUGCCUCUGAAGGAUUUCUGCUUCGGCUCUUCAGGCCUGAGAGGCCUUUCUGUUCUGAUUCCCAUAAACAGGAAGUGACUUUAGGCGUGAAAGUGUCGAUGUCAGCUGCAGACUCACUUUGAAACCGAUUAGUUGUCAAAACACAUUUGAAUAAACUGUUUUUGUGGUUGAAACAGUGAAGAAUUUUCUGCUCUGUAAUCAAAAAUGCAGUCUGGUCCAGAACGUGGCCUCGUGUCUUCCUGCAUGUUUCUAACGAGUGACUGUGCAGCUUCAUCUCUGCAGAGUCGUCCAAACCACCAGUUUUUCCUUCCUUCUCUGUUCAUGUGUUUAAAAAACUCCUCAGAAACAUGAACAGUUAGAUUCAUGUUCAUUGACAGUUUCAGCCUGAAUGGUUCAGUUCAGUUUCUGUUUCAGUGUAAACGGUUGAUUAAAUAUGAAUUCCAAUUUGCUUUGUUUUCUAAAAAGAAGCAAAAGUUUGAGAAGCAGCACAUGAAUGUUCACAAAGUUUGAAUCAUGUUUUAAUACGAAACCAAGAAUUCUUCACUGUUUCAACCAACACAGAGAAGUCAGCAGCUUUUAGCAGCCGUCCAGAUUCACGCUGCGAGGCGCCGGUUCAAAGCGCCGCUGCCGUCGCCCAGAACCAACAUUUAAUAAUACAAAGAGAUAAAACAUCUUCACGUCUGGUCUUUAAGUGCCCGAGGUAGAAAUCCUGUGGAGGCGUUUGGGUUUGUUUUAGCCGUUUCAAACAGAGCGUGGUCUGAGUACGUGGUAUUUCUUGUGAUUUGGACGUCACAUGACUGACUGGCGGCUGCAGGUGGGAGCGUACUGGUGGAUAAAUGAAACCGGGACGUUGGGACUCGUGUUGUGGCUUCAGUUUGCUCUUGAAAAGCCAUUCUUUCGGCCUCUUGCUGCCCUUCGUAAUUAUUUAAACACUUAUAGAAGCAUAAAUCACGUCGUGGCUCUACAGUAUAUUUUCUAAACGUGACUAAUUCUGACAAUAAGAGGCCUGUUGUAGCAGUACCAUAGAGAUCAGAGGUUAGAGAGUCAAAGCGACGUCUCGGUCCCUGGGAUCUAUUUUUCUAUGUGUGUUUUGUAUGGACUCAGAGGAAGCUGCUUGUGUUUGUUGGACUUCCCUCGACUUCCUGUUUGAGCUGAUAGCUUUUGAAUUAAUCAGUGAGCAGCUUCUCUGCCCGCAGCUUCUCAUUUGUUAGUUCACUGCGAAUGUUCUCUUGCAUUUAACUUCUGACCAAUGAGGUCGAAGCUCUUGUUUUGUCAGUGAGGAAACUCCUCAUGAAAAUCUGUGCACUUUGUUGAAUUUGGCAGAAGCACUUUGUUAGAUGAUUGUAGGUUGAAGCUUUUCAACAAUAUCUGUGUCUCUUUGUUUCUCAAAGAAAAUAAAAGUGUUUGACUCCUGA